AUGAUGUUCAUGUCAGUUAGAAAACCACCACUUUCUUCUUCCAAAGGCACGGCAAAAAACCCUGCCUUGCGCAAGGGUGAUGUGGGGACAGGGAAUGAGACCUCGCAAGGUUCCAUUCCGACUGUUCCCAAGACCGUCCCACUCCGCAACAACACCCGAUGUAGCAGUGGAAAUCCUUUUCUGUACGGCUCGCAACGUGGUGGUGCAUUGCCCUACCAGACCACCAAUUCGCUCUUUUUAGGGAGCGUUGCACAGGGUAAAACAGGCGAAUCAAGUCCUAGAAAUAGCAGCAAUGGCAAUGGCAAUAGCAAUAACAUCUUUGGACAUGAGGAGCCUACCAUUCCCACUAGUGGUGGGGCGCUGCAUAGUGGAAGUGGCGGUCGUUCUAUCGUAGGGCGACGCAUGCAGUCAAAAAUUGAUUUGAAGCGUAAUUCAAGCGAUAAUGUUGCGGCCGUUCUCGGUGGUUCGAGUCUAGCGAGUGUGGACCGCACCGCAAACGGCGCCACACGAAAAGCAUUUUCAGGACCACCAUCAACCCGUGUUCCGGCAAUUCAAGGUGGGGGAGCUGGAAGUGGCGGGGAUACCAUGCUGCAUCGGCCACAUCCGCCUGGUAGCGGAGGCGCGAAAUUGGGUGUACGCCCAAUACAAUUUGCCCUGAACGGCAACAGUAGCCAACGUUUGUCGCCGGUCCCACCUGUUCCCCCCGCUCUGUUUGACCAACACAAAAAUGUAUUGGAGCCCACCCCGUUUUCCUCGCGCCAGGGGAAAAAGGGGUCACAUGGAAGCGUGGAUCCAUUUGCCACAACACAUAUUCUCAACGGUGUAGGCACAAGGCUUCCCCCUCAAUUGGAUGAAGGAGGUACACGGUGGGGUAAGGAUGUAUCGACACCGUUUGCACUCGCGUCUGUGAAACUGCAGCAAUUGUCUCUGCCAGAGAGAUCCACAUCUCCAAGGUUGGCGUCAGAACCACCUGCUGCUUCGGCCCGCUGCAGUGGCGCCGUGACGAAUAGUACUAAAUUAUCGGGUAGUGCUCCCGAAGAUA